UGAUCCACUGCCUCCAGCGUGAGCUUGCAUUGCUUUACGCGACACAAGGCACCAGAAUAAAUAUCGACAGACAAUAGGCUAGCGCACCUGAUGCGCCUCAAACCACUGCCUUCAUGACAGAAUCAUACGAUCCAGAUGAAAUCCCCGGUUCCCCCGGGCUGAAGGCCACCCAGGUUGAUUACUCACUCAAGGAUUCGCCUCCACCCUUUGGGGAACCGCCGCCUGAGGGAGACGUUGCUAAACCUCCUGUGGACGACGUGGCACCGUUUUCGGGCAGUUCCCGUAAGCGCCUGCCGGAAUCUCCCAAGCCCAGAACAAUCGAGGGCAACUCGGUGCUGAUCAGACAUCUAGAGCCGAAUCGACCUGAUAUAGCCAAUUUCGAAUAUCAACAUGGCUUUACUCAGGAGCCGGUAAAUGAUGAAUCUUUUGAAAAGCCUAUUAAAUUAAGGUCUAAACUGGACAAUGCUUUGCUGCCAGAGCCAUGCAAACCCACGGAGACAGACAGUUUGAAAGCUGCAGCCACAGCCAAACAAGCGCUCGACCUGGUAUCUUUAGAUAUCAAGGAAGACCCUAGGGAGAAUGCCCAGUUCGGAUUGACGCCAAAAGAACCCAUUCAUACCCCGGAGCAGUCGUCUCCUAAGCAGGAGCAACAGCACACGCCUCCCAAUAUUAUCUCAUCACUACUAUCGGAUCCUCCGCCACGACAGGAAAGGAAGCUGUCUGAUCCCGACUCCCGCUUGAGUAAACUACUUCUCGUCAACCCUUCGACAUCUCCAGGUCAGGUCCUACCAGCGCUUCACUCUUCAUCAACCGGGAAUUCUGUUGAUCAUAGCCUCCCUUCCCUCCAAACUGCAUUAGCGGCAGUCACGGAUGUACCGCCAAAUCCCGCCGUGCGCAUCAAUGGCUCAUCUUCGUAUACCCUGCCUCCAGUACAAGCUUCCUCUCCAGUCUCAAGGACAGACUCUCUCUGGGACCACCAACGCAUGGGGCAGUUUGGACCUCCCCCGCAGGUUCCGCCCAGCCCAUAUUCACAUCUAUCUCCUGCGAGCUCGAAGGAAAUGUCGACCAUGCCGUCUCCUGCUUCACAAUCACCGUACUGGAGGAUCAAAGAAAUACCUUACCUGACCUCACCAUAUGAGGUGGCUUCCUCCACGGUCAAGAGUCCCGCAACAGGUUAUCCGACCCCGACGGAUCAGACACCUACAGGGUCCUGUGACCGAUCAUUCAACCCAUCUGCGCAGGUUAAUGGGCCUGUACCAGCUGGGACAUAUAAAUGUCGUCAUCCUGGGUGCACGGCACCUCCAUUCCAGACUCAAUAUCUACUAAAUUCUCAUGCGAACGUUCAUUCCCAAGACCGUCCGCAUUUUUGCCCCAUAGAAGGCUGUCCUCGUGGACCAGGGGGCAAGGGCUUUAAAAGGAAGAACGAGAUGAUUCGUCAUGGUCUCGUCCACAAUUCUCCCGGUUAUGUCUGCCCUUUUUGUCCAGACCAACAGCAUAAGUACCCUCGACCGGACAAUCUUCAACGGUAAGGUCUUUAUCUACCAAGAGUCAAUGUAAUCGCGCAACUCACGCAAUCUAAACAGACAUGUCCGAGUCCAUCAUGUCGAUAAGAAUAAGGAUGAUCCGGCUCUCAGGCAGGUCCUGGCCCAGAGACCGGAAGGUAGCAACCGCGGUCGGCGCCGCCGCACCAACGCUCAAUGAGCGACCUCCUCACGAUGGUCGUGAGGAACCCUUUCCCAUAAGUGCAGAUUAAUUGUUCAGAUGAUAUUGCAUUAGCGACAGCGCC